CAGUCAAUCCCAGGUCACCCAGCUAUCGAAAGCUGAGGUUUCUUUAUGCUAAUUGACCAAGUUCCUGUUGUGACCGUCACGGCGGGGUCAUUGUUCCUUACCUGAUCUCAAUAGUUUCCCGUGUGUCGUGUGUAAAUGUGCUGUUUUCGGCGCGUGCCGGUUACAUGUAAUUCCUGACCAAGUUAUUAUUAGACACGCCGGUGCCCCACACGCUUAUCGGUUCCCGAGAACAUCUCUCAGUAAUGUGUUAAUGUUGUCCAGUUUCACGAUACAACGGCAAGUGAUCCAAGAGAUAUAGGCGUAGGCAGGAUUUAUACGGAUAUUCCAUACUAGGAUACUCCCACUCUGCAGGCGAUACGACAAAUUGAUUCGUUAUGUAGGUGAACAGCUAUUGUCUGCGCAACUAUCACUACAUAUUGCGUCGGUAUGAAAAGGGUUUGUCCCACAUCAAAUGAGGAACGCGAGAAGAGACAUUGUUCCCGAGAGUCAGCAUCAGAGCCCAUGGAGAGUACAUGUAGCCUGUCCCCACGGGCGAGAGAGACAGAAAUGGCAGAAUCCUCACAAUCACGCGGUCACGUGCUGAUCACCGGAGGCGCGGGCUACCUGGGCUCCACCCUCAUUCCCAUCCUCCUGGAACAAGGGUACGAGGUCACCAUAUACGACAUCUUCUUCUGGGGUCCAACUGCCCUCAUUUCCUUCGCCGCGCACCCGCGACUUCACAUUGUGCACGGGGACAUCCGGGAUAAACAGAUGCUGGCCGAACACAUGCACGACAAGGACGCCAUCAUUCACCUGGCGGCCAUCGUCGGAUAUCCCGCCUGCGACAAGGACCCGGAUCUUGCUAUUGACACAAACGUUGUUGGGACCAAGAACAUCACUGAACUCAAAACACCCGACCAGAAGCUGAUCUAUGCCAGUACGGGGUCGUGCUAUGGCGCUGUGGACGGCGUCUGUACGGAAGAGACCCAGAUCAGCCCCCUCACGCUCUACGGGAGCAGCAAGGCUGAUGCCGAAAAAAUGGUCCUGGCGGCCAAUGGUAUCGGUCUUCGUCUGGCCACUGUGUUUGGACUUUCCCCUCGACUUCGACUUGACCUUUUGAUUAACGAUCUAACCUACAAAGCCCUUACCCUAAAAGAAUUCGACCUGUACGAAGGGUCGUUCAGACGUACCUUUCUGCACGUGAAAGAUGCUGCACGCGCUUUUGCAUUUGCAUUGAACAAUUACGACCAAAUGAAAGGGGAAGCUUUCAAUGUUGGGGACGAAGCAAUGAAUAUGACCAAGUCUCGCGUGGCUCAGCUGAUUCAGGGCCACGUUAAGGGCUGUGUGAUCACGGAAUCCAAGUCCGGGGAGGAUAAAGACAAAAGGGACUAUGAGGUGUCCUACCAGAAAAUCCGCAAACUCGGAUUUAGUUCCACCAUCUCCGUGGAAGAGGGUAUAAAAGACAUGUUGAAAAUCCUCCCUCACAUUGCAACCACCGACGUCUGCAAAUUCAAAAAUGUGUGAACUCUCUUUCUUUUUAUAUUGACUGCUGUCGUAUCAUUUUCCGUCGCAAUAAACUUUUUUAUUAUAAAAGAAUCCUCUCCAUCAAAAACAAGGAUUUUCUCUUUUUAACAUUUCGUUGGGAUGUUUAUUUUUUCAUGUAUCUUUUCCUUAACAUAUUUUAAAUGUGCUGAAUGUAUUGCAAUAAGAAAUCGAUUUUAUCUUAAAGUUUGUAUUUCCCAGUGCUUUGUUUAUGAACUCAAUAAAGGAGACACUUUUGAGGAAGGAAAAUAUUCA